CAUCCAUUGGUGGCGAAGCGCUGGUACCCAGGAAACAAGGAGAGGAGGAUGUAGCAUCCCUCCAUCAGCACAUUAGCACAGGAGGCUAGCGCGAUGCUGAGCGGGGCGCUUUUGUGGGAUGUGUGAGAGUUUCACGGAGUAACAUGGCCUCUAGAGACUGAGGAGCUCUGCUUUCGGAGCAUGAUUCACCGCCAGGUGAUACUGACUCAGAACUUGUACCAGAACCGCUUUCUCGGGCUGGCGGCCAUGGCAUCGCCAUCUCGCUCGUCCCAGGCCCGGCGCCGGAGCAAAGACCCGAUCCGGCACAGCUUCAACCCGGAGCACUUUCCCAGCGUGGACUUCCAGAACGGCGAGCCCGAGGAGCUGGCGGCCACCCUGCCGCGUUCCACCAGUGAUACGGACCUGGUGACAUCACAUUGCCGCUCCACGCUGACCGUCAGCACCUCCCACUACGCCAUCGGCCAGUCGCCGGACAUCACGCUCACAUGGGACAUCAAGGAGGAGGUGGAUGCCGGAGACUGGAUUGGAAUGUAUCUCAUUGAUGAGGUGCUGUCUGAGAACUUUCUGGACUAUAAGAACCGCGGGGUGAAUGGCUCUCACAAAGGCCAGAUCGUGUGGAAGAUUGAGGCUAAUUCCUACUUUGUUGAGCCCGAGACGAAGAUCUGCUUUAAGUACUACCACGGGGUGAGCGGCGCCUUGAGGGCUACGACGCCUAGUGUGACCGUGAGGAACCCUUCGGCGCCGGUGUUCAAGCCGGUUGCCGUGGACGACGUGCCUCAGAGUCAGGGCAGCCGAAGACUCAUCAGCUUCUCUCUGUCAGAUUUCCAGGCGACAGGCUUAAAGAAGGGCAUGUUCUUCAACCCGGAUCCCUACCUGAAGAUCGCAAUUCACCCCGGCAAACACAGCAUCUUCCCCGCUCUACCUCACCACGGCCAGGAGAAAAGAUCAGGCAUCGUCUGUAACACCGUCAACCCCGUGUGGCAGAGAGAGAGGUUUAAUUUUGUGUCUUUACCCACGGACGUGCUAGAGAUUGAGGUAAAGGAUAAAUUUGCCAAGAGCAGACCCAUCAUAAAGCGCUUCCUGGGCAAGCUUUCCAUGCCGGUGCAGAGAUUACUGGAGAAGCAUGCGAUUGGUGACCGAGUGGUCAGCUACACUUUGGGUCGAAGGUUGCCAACGGAGCAUGUGAGCGGUCACUUACAGUUUCGGUUUGAGAUAACUUCCUCCAUUCAUCCAGAUGAUGAAGACAUGUCCCUCAGCACAGAUCUUGAGUGCACCACAGUGCCCGAGGAACCAGAGGAACCUGAGCAGCACCUGCCAGGGGUAAGAGAGGCAGGAGAACAUCCUGCUCCGGUCCAAGCCGAGGACACCAUGAGUCUGGAUAUGGUUGCUACUGACCUGCCUUUGGACGGAGACAUGGCCUCAGUAGAAGUUCCCAUGGAUGUAGAGGCCUUAGAGGCUGGUGAGGGAAGGACAGAGAUCCAGGAAGCGGAGGAGACUGUCCAGGAAGCGGACUCUGCACCUGGGGAGAGCAGUGAGCAAGAGGUGGAGACCGUGGCAGCUGAGCAAGAUGGAGGAAAUCAGGUGGAGGCUCUGGAGCCUGAGCAAGAUGGAGGAAGUCAGGUGGAGGUUGAGGUGUUUGAACAGGAUGGAGAGAGUGGACAAGAAGUGGCAGCUACCGAGCAGAUGGAGCAAGAUGACACAGGAGUAGAGGGAGAAGAAUAUUGUCAAGAGACGAAUCAUGUGGAACCAGCUGAUACAGAAAUUACAGAAGGAACAAUAGCAGCCCCUGCUGAAGAGGCGGCAGAAAUGGAGAAUGCAACGGGAGGAUCUGAAACUCAACAUGUCUCCCCUGAGGAUUAUGCUCAAGACGAGGAUGAGGAUCAGGAAGAAGAGGAAGGUUGCUCACUCCGGAUGCGGGGUGCAGCCAAGCGGAAAAAUCGGCCAUGCUCGCUGCCUGUGUGUGAGCUGGAGACUGUAAUUGCCUCGACGUGCGAGGAACCCGAGACGCCGCGGUCACACUACAUCCGUCUCCACCAUCUUCUCCACAGCCUUCCAUCUAACCAGUCAGAAAGCUCUAAAGCAGAAGAAGAAGAAGAGGAAGAAGAAGAACAAGACGAAGAAGGUGCCGCACCGGAGCCGCUGACUCCCAAUGGCCCACGUCGCUCCCUUCCUCGCAGCCGCUCGCACCAGCGCCUCUCCGAACUUGUGCAGAUAUUAGAUGGAGAGGGCCAAGCGCUGGGGUCUGAGGGUCAGGUCAGAGGCCAAAGGUCGCCAGGAGAGAGCGAGGGUGAGACUGACCUUAGCCCAGUGCCGUGCUGUAGUCACAUGGUGGCCCGGGGGGCAGGUGCAAUGCGUGCAGCAUCCUUGGACAGUGCACGAUGCACCAAGAGCAGCGUCUUCUCCUCACAGGAAGACGAUGACGACAUGGACGGGCUGAACGGCAUCUUGGAUUUAGAGGUGGAGCCUUGUCAGGGGGUCCGGAAUCGAACCAGGGACGGAAACAGGUGGGAGGAAGUGCCUGACACCCAUGUGCAAAGUCCACAAGGCAUUAUGGGUAACGGAGAGUCCCCAGGAGCUGGGCCCAGCAACAGGAGAGAAUGUCCUCUUCCAUGUAGUCACCCUCCAGUGAGCCAGCUCCCUGCUCUGAGACCAGACCCCCACCAUUACCCCACCAUCGACGAGCCCCUUCCUCCAAACUGGGAGGCACGUAUCGACAGUCAUGGACGUGUGUUCUACGUGGAUCACAUUAACCGCACCACAACGUGGCAAAGACCCACAGCAGCAGCGACGCCCGAUGGCUUGCGGAGGUCUGGAUCCAUCCAGCAAAUGGAGCAGCUCAACAGGAGAUAUCAGACCAUCCAGAGGACCAUGGCAACAGAAAGGAGGGAGGAGGAAGGAGGGAGCCCUCGAGUGGAGAGGACUAGCAGCACAGAGACCGACUCGCCGCCUCAGACAAGUGAGUCGAGGCGAGACUCGCACUGCUCUCCAAAUCACUGUCAGAAGAUCACCUUGCUGCUUCAGUGUCCGGCCGUCAAGUUCAUCACACAUCCGGAGUUCUUCACAGUGCUCCACGCCAACUAUGGUGCGUAUCGCAUGUUCACAAACAGCUCGUGUCUGAAGCAUAUGAUCCUGAAGAUCAGGAGAGACGCGCGCAACUUUGAGCGAUACCAGCACAACCGAGAUCUCGUGUCCUUCCUGAACCGAUUCGCCGAUGCACACAUGGAGCUGCCCCGGGGCUGGGAGAUUAAAACUGACCCUCAGGGAAAGUCAUUCUUUGUGGAUCACAACAGUCGUGCUACAACCUUCAUCGACCCCAGAAUCCCUCUGCAGAACGGCAGACUGCCCAACCACCUCACACACCGGCAACAUCUGCAGAGACUGCGCAGCUACAGUGCAGGAGAGGCAUCCGAUGUGUCCCGCACUCGUGGAGUGUCUCUGAUAGCGAGACCCAGUAACAGUUUGGUAGCCGCCAUCCGAAACCAAAGCCAGCAGGAGCCGGUGCCCCUGGCCUACAAUGAUAAGAUUGUGGCAUUUCUACGGCAACCCAACAUCUUUGAGGUGCUCCAAGAGAGGCAGCCGAGUCUGGCCAGGAACCACUCGCUGAAAGAAAAGGUACACCAUAUCCGUACAGAAGGCACACCCAGACUAGAAAAGCUGUCCUGCGAUGCCGACUUCGUCAUGCUGUUAAGUUUGUUCGAGGAGGACAUCAUGUCCUACGUUCCUCUCACCACGUUUCACUCCGGCUUCGCCUUCUCUCCUCGCUGCUCCCCGGGUUCCUCUCCGCAAAAUUCUCCAGGAACCCAGAGAGCUCGUGCUCCAGCUCCGUAUCGCAGAGACUUUGAGGCCAAACUUCGUAACUUCUACAGGAAACUGGAAGCCAAGGGGUAUGGACAAGGGCCAGGAAAAAUCAAACUAAUAGUACGGCGAGAUCAUCUAUUAGAAGGCACUUUUAACCAGGUCAUGGCCUACUCACGCAAAGAGCUCCAAAGGAAUAAACUCUAUAUCACGUUUGUCGGAGAAGAAGGUCUGGAUUACAGUGGGCCUUCUCGGGAGUUUUUCUUCCUGCUCUCUCAGGAACUGUUUAACCCGUAUUACGGCCUGUUCGAGUACUCCGCCAACGACACAUACACAGUCCAGAUCAGCCCCAUGUCAGCCUUCGUAGAGAAUCAUUUGGAAUGGUUUCGUUUCAGUGGCCGGAUUUUAGGCCUAGCGUUGAUUCAUCAGUACCUGCUGGACGCUUUCUUCACCCGGCCCUUUUAUAAAGCUCUGCUCAGACUAGCCACUGACCUGAGCGAUCUGGAGUACCUGGAUGAAGAGUUCCACCAGAGCUUACAGUGGAUGAAGGAUAAUGACAUCACAGACGUCCUUGAUCUCAACUUCACCGUCAAUGAGGAGGUGUUUGGCCAGGUAACAGAGAGGGAGCUGAAAUCAGGAGGAGCCAACCUUCAGGUGACGGAGAAGAACAAGAAAGAGUACAUAGAGCGCAUGGUGAAGUGGAGAGUGGAGAGAGGAGUGGUCCAGCAAACCCAAGCUCUGGUCCGGGGCUUUUAUGAGGUGGUGGAUUCUCGACUGGUGUCGGUGUUUGACGCUAGAGAGCUGGAGCUGGUCAUCGCUGGAACAGCUGAGAUUGACCUCAACGACUGGAGGACCAACACAGAAUACAGAGGCGGCUACCAUGACGGGCACAUCGUGAUCCGGUGGUUCUGGGGAGCAGUGGAGCGCUUUAACAAUGAGCAGAGGUUGCGGUUGCUGCAGUUUGUUACAGGAACGUCCAGCGUGCCGUACGAGGGCUUUACGGCUCUGCGUGGAAGCAACGGCCUGCGCCGCUUCUGCAUCGAGAAGUGGGGGAAAAUUACCUCUCUGCCCAGGGCUCACACCUGCUUUAAUCGCCUUGAUCUUCCUCCGUACCCGUCCUACACAAUGCUCUACGAGAAGCUCCUCAUCGCUGUAGAGGAGACCAGCACUUUCGGCCUUGAGUGACGUGAAGAUUCCGCGCCGCUCGUCUGCGCUACACGUCCAGUACACUACUAUAUUCGUGGCUCCGUUUUUAGUCAAUAGAAACAAAUAGCGAUCUGUAUAUAUUUAUUUAUAUAUAUAUAUAUAUAUUGCUUCUACACCGAAGACGCCGUCGCAUGCACCACUCACCUGUGCACACACGUGACAUACCGUCUCUGGGGCAGCGUCGUGUGCACCAUGCAAGCCGUGUAUGCAAUAUGACACAACAGGCUUAAGCCUAAGCCUUAACUCUCAGGGCCUCGACCUCUGCUGCAGCACCACGACUCCAACGAGGCUGCAGUGUCCAGUCGGGAUGCAUGCGCACACACACUCACACACACGACUGACUGCUCGCACCGCAGUGUCGCUCGCGUCGGCUCGGUCACAGCACGUGAAACACUUCCUUCCAAAAAAAGGCGUCAUUACAGAGAUGAGCACGAAUAUCUGAAUAUCAGAAGCAGCACAGGCAAUGACAUCAGGAGCCGGAGAAGCUGUGCAGGCUUCAGAUUGAAAGGAAAACUCCAGUGUUUUUAUUUUUAAAUCGAGUCUUUAUCAACUGCAUGAGGAGGGUUGCCAUGGUAACAGGAUCAUGAACCCGUAUAGUAAUUGUGUCCUUUUUAUAAUAUUUUGAACAAAAUAGAAAGAAAACCCGCACGGACACGCCGUGUUUCCUGUUCAACCAACAGCGCUGUCGAAUUCUCUUUAUUCUGAUUGGUCGGAAGGGAAGCUGUUGAGAUAUUAACAAUAAUUUAAAUAUAUUAUAACAGCUCCUUCGCAGGGACCUGUAUGAUGGACACACUACAAUAAUAUAAGGUUAAUAAUAAACAAAAGGGUUUGGUUUUUUCAAAAGAUGUGUUGUUAUUUAUCCAAAAAAUGCGAACAGUCGUUCUAUAAGGAGAUGUUUGUUUACCGUAUAAGGAAGGAGUCUCCAGCGUCGGUGCUUUACAAGAGAGAAAUGGGAAAAUUCUUUAGGAUGGAAGUCAGGUGUUGUCUUAUUUAAUUUAAAAUAAGAGUCUGGGGAGGAGACAAUUAUAGAUAUUAUAAUGUAAGUGAUACUAACUAAGUAUAUAAACUACAAAUGAUUAAACGUAUGCAAUUGGCUGUGGUAUAAGAGGAAGCAAACACUUUCAGUCAUUUUAAUUUUAUGUUUUUUUAUUUUAUUUUAUUUUUUAUUAUUUUACAAAUGCCAGAUCCCCUUGUAAAUAAAAGUUAUUAACAUCUCCCCUUGACUUCUUUUUAUUUAUUAACGUAUUUAUUCAACCAAGGUGCAUUAAUCUGAUUUAUAUAUAUAUAUA